AUGUGCGGUACUGCCACGCACCCCACACCGGCUGGAGCAGCUACGAGCGAGGCCGGCUCUGCGCCGAGGGGCGGCACUCACCGCGCCGACAGGGAGCCGCUCCUCCGCGCCGCCGGCGAGAACAGCACCGGCGAGGCGCCUGCCGCCACCACGGGCAGGCCCUUCUUGCCGCCCGGCCGGGAGAGCGGGCUGGGCGCGGCGCUGCCCAGGGUCCUGCGGGCCGACCCCGGGGUCCGCGGGGAGGCGGGAGUCGACGGGAACAUGGCCGUGCGUGCGGGAGCGGCACCGCGCUCCCGCCCGGCGCGCGCCGAGCGCGUCACCGCGGGGCGGGGCCGCGCGGGAACCGAGCGCGACCGGCAGCAGCCGAACGGAGCCGAGCGCGACCGGGAGGAGCCGAACGCUCCGGGUGGGGGAGAGCCGAGAGGAGCCGAGCGCGGCGCGGCCCCUGCCGGGGAGCGGCGGAAACCCCGCGGCGGCCACUCGAGCAGGGCACCCUACCCGCCCUCAGGGGGUGAAUGGCGACCCGGGCCGCCCCUCAGCGCUGCCCGCCCUCAGGGGGUGAAUGGCGACCCGGGCCGCCCCUCGGCGCUGCCCGCCCUCAGGGGGCGAAUGGCGGCCCGGGCCGUCCUUCGGCGCUGCCCGCCCUCAGAGGGCGAAUGGCGACCCGGGCCGCCCCUCGGCGCUGCCCGCCCUCAGAGGGUGAAUGGCGGCCCGGGCCGUCCCUCGGCGCUGCCCGCCCUCAGAGGGUGAAUGGCGACCCGGGCCGCCCCUCGGCGCCAAGCUGAAACACGGUCCUCUCGCUCAGAUGUUCCCGAAGCUAUGCUCUGUCCUUCGGGGUGUUCCCAGGAGGAUUCACAAGGGUGGGUUUGGGUACCAUUCCUCAUGUGAUUAGCUGGCGCUAACCAGCUGGAUGUGAUCAAAAAACAGCUGUUCAACGACCAUUUGGAAGAAGGCAUUUUUCAGUAGGAAUUGCCUUAUGUUUAAAAUAGCCUGUGCAUACCUGUGUUUGUACCCAAAUCUCUAAUUAAUUAAAUAAAUAAAUGCACAAAACCA